AUGCAAUAUAGGAUAUUGAUAGUUUAUUUCAGAGAAGCUGAACCGUUACGCAAACAAAUGAGUGAACCAUUGACGAAUACUAUCACCGAGGCUCCGCCACCUCUUCCAGAAUCUCCAUGUCCAAUAAUAUUAUCUCGUAAAGUACCACUGACUGUUCCAUUCAGUAUAGACACAUCGAAUGUACAUACAUUAAGAAAAGGAUGGUUGAUGCUUCGUGGUAAAAAUGAAUCUGAAUGGAAUAAACAUUGGGUUGUUCUGGCUGGUUUAUCACUUAAACUUUACAAAGAUGUUUGGGCCGAAGAUUCUACUGAUCCAUUAUUAACAAUUGAUUUAACUGAAUGUGAAAAUGUAUAUCCGUCAGCUUCAGCCAAGAAUUAUGGUAUUGAAAUUAAGUGUCGUCGAACUCGUUAUGUCCUUUCGGCAAUGACACCAGGUAUCCGUGACAGUUGGAUAACUGCACUUCAACAAAACCUACAUAAUCCAUCACCGACAUUUGUUGAUACUUGUCAGAGUGAUGUAGCAAGUUUACCUGAUACAGAAAUUAUCUCAUUACCUCCGCGUAAAAAGCAUAUUGCAUACGUUGCACCUGAAUCUCAUCAUUCGAAUUCGAUGAUGGAUGAAGAUUCAUGUAGUGAAGAUGAAUUAACAUCGAUUGGCUCCAGAGGAUUUCGUCGUUUAAGUGCUUCCGAGAGGUCCUUUGGUUCAUCGGAUGAUGAACCAGAAAAUAAUGAAGGAAGAAAUAGACGCUCAUCUCGACGACAUCGUACUGAGCGUGAAUCGAGUUUAUCACCGACCGUACGUCGUUCACCUAUCUCGAGAAUUAAGGAUAAAUCAAAUAUACGUCAAAAUUAUGCAGCUGUUCGACGGUUAAUAUUUAUAUUUAUACUUAUUUGCUUAAAUUUUUCCUUUUUUUUAUCCUUUAUUAUUUAUUACUAA